UUUUUCCCCGAGCAACCUCCCCCUCAUCCACCCUCGCCCGACCGACGUGCUAAGCCGGCGCGCGCGGGCGCGGCGGUGCUCGCUCCCGCCGAUCCCGACGGCUGCCGAUCUUAGUACGAUUGGAUGGCGGCCGCCGCCGCUUCGCCUCCGGUUCCUUUAGGACCCGAAGCCUCCGCUCUCCUGGACGGGGAUCGCCGUCCCAAGCCCGCUGUGGCAAUCUCAUGGGAUUCCCCAGCAUUACGCAGCCAUGCAGAAAGGUGUGAGAUCGAAUCAGAAGCAUGUGUCAUUGAUCCUUCUCUGCUUCCAGUUCUAGAGGAAUUAUUGCAGGACACCUAUGCAUCAUUGCAACCACAGCCAGUGGACUAUGAACACCGAUAUCAUAUGAUUAACAUUUUCAACAAAAUCGCUGAAGGAAUUUUUGGUAAAAAUAAUGGGCUUCCAAUUGUGGAACCAUUUGGAUCUUUCAUAAUGGAUCUAUUUACUCCUAAAAGUGACCUGGACCUCUCUAUCAACUUUAAUACUGAUACAAAUGAUCAGUAUCCUCGCAGGAACAAGAUUUAUGCUAUUAGGAAGCUUGCAAAUGUUCUAUUUUCUCAUCAGCGUCAAGGUCUCUGUCAUGGUGUUUCACCUAUUGUGACUGCUAGAGUUCCUGUACUGAAGGUUAUUGAUCAGAAAACUGGUGUAGAGUGUGAUAUUUCAGUAGAAAACAAGGAUGGGAUGUCAAGAUCAGUGAUAUUUAAAUUUAUUUCAUCAAUUGAUAAAAGAUUCCGGAUACUUUGUUAUCUGAUGAAGUUCUGGGCUAAGGUACAUGAUGUUAACUGCCCCAAAGAUCGAACAAUGAGCUCCAUGGCAAUUAUUUCUUUAGUUGCUUUCCAUUUGCAGACAAGGCGUCCUCCAAUAUUACCUGCAUUUUCUGCCAUAUUGAAAGAUGGUACAGAUUUUGCAAGUAUUGAGAAGAAUGUAUCGCUAUUCGAGGGUUUUGGGGACAGCAAUAAAGAGUCUAUUACUGAACUUUUUGUAUCACUAAUGAAUAAACUAGUGUCAGUGGAGGGUUUAUGGGAACAAGGGCUCUGUGCGAGCAAUUUUGAAGGGUCAUGGAUAUCGAAGACCUGGGCGAAGGGUGUUGGCAACUUGAAUGUUGAGGACUUCUUGGACCGAUCUCAGAAUUUUGCCAGAUCGGUAGGGAUGAAGGAGAUGCAGAAAAUCUGUGAAUGCCUAAGGGCUACUGUUUCUGAUUUGAGCAAGUUUUCUAAGGGUAAAAUUGCUGCGCCCAAGCUAAAGGCCCUGUUGUUUAAGCCUUUGAACCAGGUUAACCCAGUCACUAAUCCCUGUCAGAAAACUGUUAAGAGGAAGCGUGCUAAUCCAAAUAAGACAAGCACUAACCCUAUUCAGAAAAACGCUAAGAAGAAGAAGGCUCUUGAGCAGGAUAAACUAGCCAUAUCUCCUGGUCAGAAAGAUGGUACGAAGCCCCUUGAUCAGGAGAAGUCAGUUAGUUCUCCCAUUCAGAAAGAUGAUAAGAAGAUCAAGCCCCUUGACCAGGAUAAGCUAGUCAUUUCUCGUGGCCAGAAAGAUGACAAGAAGAAGCCCCUUGUGCAGGAUAAGACAUUAAUUUCCCCCAUCCAGAAGGAUAACAAGAAGCCUCUUGAUCAAGAGAAGUCCCUUGGGCUGGAGAAGCUAAUCAUCCCUCGUGGACAGAAAGGUAAGAAGAAGAGCAGCAAGGUGAGACCUGACUCAGGAAGCAGUCAUGUGCAACAAAAGAAAGUGAAGGCUACUGUAUCCACUGGCCGUGCUGCUAAUACUCAUGUUUCUAGUUCAAGGCCUCGUCCUGUUUUUAUCCCCCAAGCACAUCGGUCCACCCAGCCAAUUGUUGAUCAGUUUGCGCAUAUACCUCAGCACCUGAUCAGCCCUUCUGCUUUUGGUUAUGGGUUGCCACCGCCACAUCUGCAUCCAGCCUAUCCUCAUCCUCAUCCUCAUCAAGGAUUGUUAGGUCAACCACAGGGUAAUUUCCUUCAUUUCAAUCCUGGUAUUCAGCUGCAGCAUCAAGGCCAGGCUUUCUUUGGCCCUCCACCCAUCCGCCAUCCCAUGGCAAAUGGGUUUCUUCACCCAUUCGGUAUCAGUAGUGCUCAGCAAGUGCCGCGCAUUGACAAUAGAUUUGUGCAGAGGCCGCCAUAUGGUUUUGGUCCGGGUUUCUGGUGAUGAUGGUUCCAGCUGAGAAAGGUCGGUUGCUAACUAGUGGGAGUUUGAGGCAAAAGAAGUUGUUCGUUUAAAGAAAAAAGUUGUUGUGUGCUAACCUUGUGUCUGUAUCUGUUCUAAAGAGAAAAAAUGUAAGGUCGGAAAGGAAGUUGUAAUGUCGUUUGAUAUAGUUUAAGUUGUUGAUGCUACCAUCUAAGUGUGCUAUCCUUGUGCGAGCUUAUCUGAGAUGCAUGUGAGACUGGCCUGAGUUGUCGAAAACUUGCUGGACAGUGAGAGUGUCCUGCUGAAUGGGGUAAGAUAACAAGAAAAGACUGAAGUUUGUCCGUCCUGGAUGGCUGGAUGGAGUGUUGGAGGUGUGCAGUGCAACAUCAUGAUUCCAGAUGCCCAGCCUUCCUGUGCGUGUACGGAUCAGUCAGGCAGGUACAGUCUGUUGUUGGGUUCCAAAACAGAAUCAUGUCCAGCUCCAAGCAAUGCCAUAAGUGGAGGCCUGGAGGGUACUUGCAGAUGUGAGCCGUCUAAAUCUGAGGUAGUAUGCUGCUGCUCACAACGAACAGUGUGCUCUGUUGUUGGCUAUCUGGAGUAAGCGACAAGCAAGCAGGCAUGAGCCGUUGCUUGUGCCAUCCUGAAACUGUGGCGUGCUGUUGUAUCAGCAAGGCAGGCAAAACCGGUUUAAGACAAGACAAGAUGUCCCGGGACCGUUGCCUGCCGCCCAUGGUAAUCGCCAAUCUGGGGGCGGGUGACGACGACGAGGCGACCUGUUCUGUUCUGUUCAUCGGCCAUUGAACCUGGAAGAAGAGAGCCGUCCGUUCAUCUCAUGUAGACGAAGCCUGACGCUGUCGCCGGCCACAUCACGCUUGCCGUUUUGCUGACGGGAUGGAUUGAUUCAAUGGCACUUGCAGCAGCAUCUGAUAGAGGCAGUACCGGCUUUUGGGUGAGAGAGACUUCCUUGAUUUGCAUGCAGCUCGCACUACUCCUGCAUCUAGUAUUGCUACAUGUUUUGUUUUUGGACUGACUGGAUCCGGGGUCUGUCGGUAGAGCAACUUGUUGUUAUGGAACUAUGUGGAUGUUUUGCCGUCUUGGGCAGAGCAUGAGCAAUGCUGUGCCCAGGAGGAGGAGAUCACUUCCAUCCAGAGAGCAUGAACAUCGUUUGGAUGUAUCCGGGAAAGGUUUUAACCUGUGAAUCUGAAUGUGAUUGCGUGUGCAAGCUGCCGUGAAUAAGCGGAUCUGAGGUGAAAUCUAGAGUAUGUUGAUGGCUUUGCAUCUUGUACUGACAAGAGAACAGAGAGCUUGCUCAAACUAGUAUGCUUAUUAUUGGCUGGCACCCUGGCAGUAGCAACACGAUACUGUCUGUAUGUGCAAUUGCACGUCUAAGUGAUGUGACUAAUCUGGUAGAGCUAUAGAUGUAGGUGUGGUUAAUGCGAAGUAAGCAUGCACUGCAUCUGGAGCAAAAGACACGAGUCUGGGACUCUGUAGAAAAUGGCAACACGUAUUUUUCUAGUUGCAACUUGAUGCGUUUGGACAUUACAAUCCUAAUAGCUGUCAUCCUCACAAUGUGUCCCGUCCAAAAUAAAUCUUGGUCUUGUAUUUCAAAAAGUCAAUCAAUCUCAACUUUGAUUGAUUUAUAAAAAAUAGUAUCAACAUUUAUAUUUUUAAA